AUGGAUUAUUCGAAUCGAAUAUUAUGUGGUCCUAUGGUUAGAAUAUCCAGUCUUCCAUUCCGACUUUUAGCACUGGAAUAUGGUGCUGAUAUUGUUUUUUCUGAAGAAUUAAUUGAUUAUCGUCUUAUACAAUGUGUUCGAGUUGAAAAUGAUUUAUUAAAUACCAUUGAUUUUAUUGUACCAGGUGGUGACCGACCGAUGUUACAAAUACAUAAAAAUCGAGAAAAAAAUCGUCUUAUUGUUCAAUUGGGUACAGCAGAUGCUCAACGAGCUUUAAAUGCUGCUCGACUUAUAGAAAAUGACAUUGCCGGUAUUGAUGUAAAUAUGGGUUGUCCAAAAAAAUUUUCUAUUCAAGGUGGAAUGGGUUCAGCAUUACUUGAUCAUCCAGAUAAAGUCAAACAAAUACUCGAAACUUUAGUAAACAAUUUAUCAAUACCUGUUUCAUGUAAAAUUCGUUGUUUACCAACUCUAGAAGCGACAUUAUCAAUUAUACGUAUAAUUGCAACAACCGGUGUACAUGCAAUAACUGUACAUGGUCGAACACGAGAUGAACGUAAUAAUGAUCAAUGUCGAGAAACAUUUAUUCAAUCCAUUGUUCAACAAUGUCCAUCAAAUGUUGUUAUUAUUGCAAAUGGAGGAUCAACAAACAUUUCAUCAUAUUCAGAUAUUGAAAAAUUUCGAUCUCGAUGUGGUCCAACUCAUGGUGUUAUGAUAUGUCAAGCUGCUAUGUGGAAUCCAAGUAUAUUUCGACCGAAUGGUUUAUUACCACUUCAAGAUAUUGCCAAACGAUUUCUUGAAAUAAGUCUUGAGUAUGAUAAUAUGCUUCCGAAUAUAAAAUAUGUUCUUCAACGAAUGUAUGGUGCUAUUGAUAGUGAAAAUCAAUUAUAUGAAAAAAUUUUAUCAACAGAAACUGAAGCUCAAAUUUAUGCGUUAUUUAAUAUGAAAAAUGAAUAUGAACAAUCACCAAUAGAAGAACGACAAUUAUGGCGUGACAAACUUCUAAAUCGAUUUGUGAAUAUUUCUAAUCAACAAUCAGAAAAUAAUAUUAUUGAAAAGCCAGCAAAAUUUAUUCGAUCAGACUAUACAUCUACAAUGACACCAAAAUCAAUAUUGAAUGGAUACAGUAUUCAAGCAAACAUUGAUAAACCUGUCUAUCAUACUGAAGAAUUAAAACCUCAACGAAUCUUUCGAUCAGUACUUGAUUUCAAUGGGCAACAUUAUACAACAACAACUUGGGAAAAAAGUAAACAGCUAGCUGAACAAGGCAGUGCUAUUGUUUGUUUACAGUCUAUUGGUAUCGAUCCAAUACGUGCUAAAUAUGGCAUGAAUUAUAUAAAAGCUUGUCUUUCUACCGAAAAUAAAUUAUAA